AUGCUGGGACUUUCGUACUGGGUCGUCCCCAUCUUUUCCUCGGUAGUAUGGAUUGCCAUGCUUGUCGCCAUGCUGGUGUACUGGGCUGCCACUGGCAAACCACAUUACUCGACAAUGAGUCAAGGGCAAACCAUCCCAUACAUUUCGGAUAUCGGUGCCGACUACCUCAAGGCCAUGUUCAUUGCCAUGUCGGCCGUCACUGUAGUAACCUUUGACCUCGCCUUUUUCUUCGAACGAUGGUUGCGCCACACAAACAAGCUCCACCCAAACACGUCCAAGUGGCAGAAGCUCUACUCCGCAUGUGCUACCAUUACCGCCAUCAUUGGUGCUGCCGGCCUAAUUCUCCUCACAAUCUUCGACUGCAAGAACCACAACACCCUGCACAACAUCUUCCUGUGCGUCUUCAUUGGCGGAUACAUUAUCAGUGCCAUCUUCAUCUGCUGGGAAUAUCAACGCCUGGGCAUCCACUACCGCGAGCACUCGGUUCUGCGCAUCUCCUUUUGGAUCAAGCUCUUCUUCAUCAUCGUCGAAAUCUGUCUGGUCAUCGCUUUUGGUGUUUGCUCCAAGCAGCAUGUGUGGAAUGUUGCCGCUGUCCUCGAGUGGAUUAUUGCAUACUUCUACUGCUUCUACGUUGCCAGUUUCUUCAUCGACUUCCUUCCCGCCAAGCGCUCCAAGCACCAUCAGUCCAAGGAAACGAAGAUGCAGAUGCUCGAAGAAGGUCCCCAGAUGCAAGUACACAUGGGCGAUGGCGCAGCCGACAGUGAGCAAUACUACCGCGGCAACCCUCAGAUGACUGCACCGCCAUCCAAUGGCUAUACAAAUGGUUACACAAAUGGCUACACAAACGGCAAUGGCUACGCUAACACCCCUACUAAUGGCUAUGUCUCGCACACAGCCGACGGCUACCCCAAGCCCGCCGAGGACCCUACUCCGCUUCCUUCGAGGAACUUUUAA